UUUGGUUGGAGGAGGUGUUUUGCUUUUGGCCGUUUAUCAUCUCAUGUUAGCCAUUUCUGGUUAGCACCGCUGCAGGAGUAGCAUAUAGCAGUAAUAAACAAGCUACUAUGGCACAGGCAGCUCAGGCAGCUCAGGCUACUGUCUUCGACGCAAACAACUCUCAGAUCCAGGUGGAGCACGAUAAAAAACGUCGUCAGUUUGUUAUAAGACUAAAUGGAUCUCAUGAUCGUGCAGUUCUUCUGUAUGAAUAUGUAGGGAAGAAGACGGUGGACUUGCAACACACGGAAGUUCCAGAUGCUUACAGAGGGAGAGGAAUAGCCAAACACCUGGCCAAGGCAGCCAUGGAUUUUGUGGUGGAAGAGGAUCUGAAAGCCCACUUGACCUGCUGGUACAUUCAGAAAUACGUCAAAGAGAAUCCUCAGCCUCAGUACUUUGAACACAUUUAUCAAUGACCCUGCAUGGCUCCGACAGAGACGAGAAGGAGAAAGAGACUCCCGGGGGAUAAAUACUGUGUGGCUUUGGAGUUACAGGCUGACAUACAACAAAGGACCUUCUAGGCAUUGUUAAACAUGACAUCGAGUGACUCCAGAGACAACUGAUCUCGCGGCAAAGACGCCCCAUGAGCUGAACGUUGGGUCUACGGGUCAGUAACACGGGGGAUACACACUCACCAGAAACAGGAAGUGAAUCAGCUGGUCACUACUUGUAACAACAUGAGCAAAUAAACUAACCAAAGGUGAAGCCUGUUACCUCAGACAGAAACAUUCAGGAUGCUGACUGGAAGCAAAGGUUAGGCCUGCAAUGAGAACACACGUGAGUCAAAUCUUCCGUUGCAAAUUACCCGUCCUCCUUAUGGUCUCGCUGGUUGUGAGCAGCGCUACAAGAUGACCGACCCAGGUGUCUUUCUCCAUGAUAAGCAAUGGUGGCUUCACUGUUGCUCAAACGGUGAUGACUUUUAUAUUUUUUAACCCCUUUUGAUAUUCUUUGGCUUUAUUUUUGUUAUUUUUUUUGUCAAUUUGCUUACCCUCUUCUCUUAGAAAUAGUGUUUCUAGGGCUGAAAUGCUAAUUUAGAAGACUGAAUGAAUCUUCGGAACAUCAUGCUACUUAAAAGAGGUAUUUUUUUCUAGGUAAUUGCAACGAGGUAUAGGCAAACAUUUGGUGGGUACUGGGUAAUUAUAUAUAUAUAUAUAUAUAUAUAUAUAUAUAUAUAUAUAUAUAUAUAUAUAUAUAUAUAUAUAUAUAUAUAUAUAUAUAAUAUAUACAUAUAUAUGUAUAUAUAUACAUAUAUAUACAUAUAUAUACAUAUAUAUAUUGUAUAUAUAAUCUGUAUUUUGAAGACAUUUAUUUUCCUCAAAUCUCAAUUUGGUUCCACUGUUACUCUAUCAACUUCCAUUCUUCCGAGUAACAGAAAUCAUAAAUUGAUUAGUCAAAGAUGCAGGGAUUUGUAAACCAAAGAACACAAACUGAGGAUGUCUAACUCUGAAGACAAAACUCAUUUUCUCCAUCGUACGUGUUAAAUAUUACAUACACGCAUGUGAUAAAUUGGGUCUGGAGCUUGUCACUGUGUGGUACGACACCUCGGUGUGGAUAUGGAUAAAUAAAUAUCUGCUCAAACCAGCAUUUCAAACACAGCACUGUUACAUUCAGGGCAUUUACAUUGUAUGGUGUCCACCAUCCUUUGUUCUGUCUUUCAGGAAAAUGACACUGGAUGGUCGAAGCUUGUAUUUUCUUGUCAUUUAAUCUGUUUUAUUGUAGUUUUUUUUUCUCAUACCCACAAGGCUGCUUUCACCAGCUGAUGUAAAAUGAUAAAGGUCACCAUGGAAGAAUUUUUUUACUGAAAAAAACAAAACAGGUUUCCCUUUUUUGGUUCUUCAGGAGCUUUUGCUGUUGACAAUCUUCAGUGUUGAGGAGAAUAAUCCCUCAGGUUACUCAACACACUCUGGCAGGACACACAUCAACAUGCAAGGCAGACUCUCUGUAUCUGUUCUAGUCACUUAGAGGUCAUUGCAGGAAACUGCUUUCCCUUUUGUAAAGCUUUCCUUUAGGUGAGACACACCUAUUGAUAGGCCAUAAUAUCCAAUGUGUUAUUUCAUUUUUUUUUGUGUUUAUGUUUAUAUUUGUGUGUUUUCUUGAAAGGAAACAAAUGUCUGACCGUUUUGAGCAGGUGGCUCUCCCAAAAUGUACCAGUUCUUGUUAUAUUGUUUUGUGCUUGAAACUUUUUUUUCCAUUCUUGUUGUCUAUAAAUAAAUAAAACAAUACUCAUCACAUUA